AUGCCUCAGCCUCUGGAAAACAUCAAGGUCGUCGAUCUCACCCGCACCCUGGCGGGCCCGUUUUGCACCCAGAAUUUGGCCGACAUGGGGGCCGACGUCAUCAAGAUCGAAGAGCCCAAUGAUGGUGACGAAACCCGCAAAUGGCCACCCAUCUGGAACGGCGAGAGCACCCAGUUCAUGUCGUUCAACCGCAAUAAGCGCAGUUUGUCCGUCAACCUUAAAUCAGACCAGGGCCUGGACAUCGUGAAAAAGCUGGCGAAGGAAGCCGACGUAAUGAUCGAGAGCUUCCGCGCCGGCACUUUGGCGCGGAUGGGACUGGGCUACGAGGACAUCAAGGCCAUCAAUCCGGACAUCGUGUAUUGCACCAUCUCCGGCUACGGGCGCACCGGUCCCAUGGCCAACAAGCCGGGUUACGACCUGAUCAUCCAGGCCUACAGCGGGUUGAUGCACCUCACUGGCGAUCCGGACGGCCCGCCCCAGCGGGUGGGGUUCUCGUUGGUGGACCUCUUCACGGGAAUGCUGGCCUACGGCUCCAUCGUCACCGCCCUGUACCAUCGGGACAAGACGGGAGAGGGACAGCUUAUCGACACCGCCCUGCUGGAUGGACAGGUCGCCGCCAUGAGCUACCACGCCACUGGCUAUAUCGGCACCGGCAUCGAGCCCCAUCGCCUGGGAUCCGGCCAUCCCAGCCUGGUGCCUUACCAAAGCUUCAAGGCCUCCGACGGCUUUUUCAUCCUGGGGGUAGCCAACCCGAACCUUUGGGAGCGGUUCUGUAACGCAAUCGGGCAUCCCGACUUGAAGGACGAUCCCAAGUUUGCCACGAAUCCCGAUCGGGUGGCGCACCGUGGCGAGAUGGUUGACCUUUUGAACGGCAUUUUCUCCACCAACUCCGUGGCGCACUGGGUAAAGGUGAUCGAUGAGGCGGGAGUUCCCGUGGGACCGAUCAACAAAACAUCGGACGUGGUGGCUGAUGAACAGGUCAAUGCCAGGGAAAUGUUCCUGGAGAUCAACCAUCCCCACGUGCCGGACCUUCGGGUUCCCAACUCGCCGAUAAAGCUACAGGGGACUCCGGCCCAACUGCGAAUGGCCCCUCCGCUUUUGGGCGAACACAAUGAAGAAGUGUUGGCGGAGAUCGGUUACGACUCCGAGGCUUUUGCCAGGCUAAGGGAUUCGGGAGCCGUGGGAGAACCUGGCAAAGAACCCAGCGGGGUCGGUGGUCACUGA